UUGUUUCUUUCUAUUGUGCAGGAGGUUGAAGAACUCGCUUAAAAAUCCACUUUGUUGUGCUGUCUUGCAUGUCCUGAAUAUCACGUUUCAAAAGAUGUCACGUGAAUUUGUGCUUAAUCGCCUUUCCAGGGCUCAAAUAAGCCAGGGCUUCCAUUAAAUGAACCAAAAUUACUUCUAGAAAUUCAAUUGCACUAAAUAAUUUAACGAGAUGCCCAAGAAUGGCAUUUUGACCUUAUCCUCAAGUAACAUUCCUGGCUCUGGACUUCAUCUCCUCGGCCGUCGAGUACACAACACCUCUGUAUCUUUAUCAGUUCCCAAUUGCAGCCCUACCCAUAAAUUCCAAUUUCUUAUCGCAGAAUUCCAAAGAUCCGCGGGAAUCAUUCCAUAUUUAAAUACCAUAGCUAUCCCCUAUCUCUUAUCGACGCACGUGAUUUCGAAAUUGACAUCUCCGCUCUUUCUCCGCGCAACGACAUUUCAAGAUAAACAGUCGCCAAGCGCCAAGUAUGACUUCUUUUCCCACGCUCUCCCUUGCACUGGCGAGACUACUGGCUUUCCACCAGACCCAGAUAAUGGAAGUCUUGCAGGCACGGCUAGGUAAGCCUCCCGUCCUUGGCCAUGGGCUAUCUCACGGGAUAGCCAACUGAGCGAACAAGCGUUAUCUCGGGGCGUGGGAAUGAGACCGUGGGGCGAUGGCUGGGUUGCAUUUGUCUCUCCUUUCUGCUGUUGAGUACGGGAGCAAGUAACUCCUAUCUCUCUGUACUCUGCACAUUCCUCAGGCUGUUUCAGUAGUCAGCCUAUUGCGACGGCGACAUCUCUAAUCCGAGGAUCUGGGUACGGGUAGUUCCUGUUUAUGCAGUGACACUGAGACCAUCCAAAAGACCCAAAUCCAUGCUGUACGUCCCUUUCAGCACCACAUCACGUCCCUUACCUUCUCCCCCAUCCACGGCAUAUCUAGAUCUCCGUGGACUCGAUCGGGGAAUUCUCGUCUCUUUAUACUGGAGCAAGCAAAUGCCAUGUCAUCCCGCGCUGCUCCAGUGAGUACCGGUCCGAGACGCACAUGCUAGAACUCGGCCCUUGCAGGGAAUCCCCUGUGGAUACUCCACUGGAGGACCCGGAAGUUUAACAAUAGGGCAGCCAGAAUCUAGGUUCCAGCCCAAUUAUUGCCCACGGAGAAGGAAAUAUCACGGUCCAAGAGCGACUGCGCAGCGCAGAGAUAAGGAAUUGCGCUGGCUCAUGCGAAUGUUUCCCAGGAGAUGAAUGAUCGUCUUCGUCCAUACUGAACCUCCCCGCACUCAAGAUUGUCGAUUGUAGAUCUAUAUAUGGGAAGGUUGCUCUCGUUGUGGUUUUCUGUUUCGUGCAACUCAAGUUCAACUCGGUCAACUAGUCUCUCGCCUCGCCUGUCCCGACCCGACUCGCUUCACAUCGGGACCUGGGAAUUUUCCGACUGGACUCGCCAAUUUUCUUCAGCCUCACCUCUUUAGGUUUGAGUCUUAUCUCACCUCGCAUCUUGAGGGUUACAUCGACACUCACGCUCCUGUGUCGUGUCAACGAAAACACUCACAAUGCCUUUCAAGAUCUCCCAUCUCUGGGUGACUCCUGAAGUCAACCCUUUGAAUGGAAAGGCGCGAUCGAUCCCCGUGCUCAACCCAAUCAACAAAUAUGGUCGCACGUUCUUCUUCUCCUGGUCCGGCUUUCUCGUGGCUUUCCUCUCAUGGUAUGCCUUCCCACCGCUACUCACCCUCACCAUCCGCAAGGAUCUCCACAUGUCGCAGAACGAAUAUGCCAACUCCAAUAUCAUGGGUUUAACUGGUACUCUUGUCAUCCGUCUGAUCGCCGGUCCUCUCUGCGAUCGAUUUGGUCCUCGCUAUGUUUUCGUCGGCUGCUUGCUUGCAGGCGCACUCCCCACAGCCAUGGCUGGUCUCGUGACUUCUCCAACCGGCAUCAUCGUGCUCCGCUUCUUCAUCGGUGUCCUUGGUGCCUCUUUCGUCCCUUGUCAAGUUUGGUCUACCGGGUUCUUCGAUAAGAAUGUCGUCGGUACAUCGAACGCUUUGGCUGGCGGAUGGGGUAACUCCGGUGGUGGAAUUACGUACUUCGUUAUGCCCGCUAUCUUCGAUUCGCUUGUGAAGGAUCGUGGACUCACCCCUCACGUCGCAUGGAGAGUGGCUUUCAUUGUCCCGUUCAUUAUCAUCACUGCUAUCGCCAUGGGUAUCCUUUUCACAGGCGAAGAUUGCCCAGCCGGAAAAUGGGAGAACAGACAUCAGAUGCUCGACGCCGUUGUCGUCGUUCCUUCAUCUCACAACUCCAUCAUGGAAAAGUCUGCCGAUUCCACUGUCAAGUCUGACAAAGAAAAGGCUGAUCCUGAAGCCGUCAUCAAUCGCUCUGCUGUCGAUACUGCUGAAGGCGAAGUCGUCGUUGCUCCUACCCUGAAAGAAGGUCUCGCCGUCGUUUUCUCUCUUCAAACACUUGCCUUGGCCGCUCCCUACGCAUGCUCGUUCGGCGGUGAACUUGCCAUCAACUCCAUCAUCGGCUCCUACUACCUCAAGAACUUCCCCCAUCUCGGCCAAACAGGCUCCGGCCGCUGGGCAGCCAUGUUCGGUCUCCUCAACGUAUUCUUCCGUCCCCUCGGUGGUGUUGUUGCCGACAUUAUCUACAAGUACACUGGCUCCGUCUGGGGAAAGAAGAUGUGGAUUGUCUUCUGCGGUGUCACAAUGGGCUGCUUCGAACUCGCGAUCGGCCUCCUCAACCCUCACCAUGAAUCCACCAUGUUCGGUCUCGUCGCCGGUCUUGCUGUAUUUAUGGAUGCUGCGAACGGUGCCAACUUCGCGGUUGUUCCACAUGUACAUCCGUUUGCUAAUGGUAUCCUGAGUGGUAUAAUUGGCGCGACGGGCAAUUUCGGCGGUAUCAUUUUUGCAAUUAUCUUCCGCUACCAUGGAAAAGAUUAUGCGAAGGUUAUCUGGAUUAUUGGGUCAAUUUCGAUUGGCGUUAAUUUGGCGGUGGGAUGGAUUAGACCAGUUCCUAAGAACCAGAUUGGUGGACGAUAGAAUGGUUAUCAUCAUAGCGAGUUCUGCUUUUAUGUUUAUUGUUUUGUUGAGCGAGCGCGUUGGGAGAGGAUUGCGAUCAGGAUAGAUUGGUUGCACUGUUAUUGAAGUGAUAGAGGAGUGAUGGGCUGGACGAUACCAAAAUGAUGCGACGUAAUGCGAGAUCAAGGAAAAGAAAGAGCAAAAGACUUGUUUGAUUCUUGUGAACAUAAAUUCUAGACCAUACCAAUCAAAUUCAGAC